GGGGGUGGCAGCGAGCGCUGCGUGGUGUGGUACCAAGAGCUGCCGGCUGCACGGGCAGUGGUGAUGCAGUGCGACGAGAAGGCGGCAGCGGAGGCGGUGGAAGCAGCUGUGAAGGAGCUGGCGGUGGAGGCGGGGACGAUCGGGGCAGCAGCAGAGGGGCUGGAGGCGGCUGCACCGCUGCAGGUGCUGCGGCUCUGGUCUCGGAAGAAGUCUCGGAUGUGUUUCUUCUAUUCUGGCUGCGUGCAUGACGCCUUGCAAGAGGCCAUUCAGCAUGCGUGGGACGGCGCCUGGGAGCCCAGCGUAGGUAGCAUCGGGCAGAGGCGCUUGGGGUGGCUGCUGGCGCUCUUCUACCGGAUCUCCCGCCGGCCAGAACCGACGCUGUAAUGACGAGUCGUUAUGGCGGUUGGUGCACUGGCUGGGGGUGAAGUGGGACGGG